AUGGAAAAUGUGGAAAACCUAACACAGGAGUUGUGCUCCUAUAGUAUCAAGGAGGAAGUAAGAUACAAGUAUAAGGUCGGUGAUAUAGUUUAUUCUCAAUGGAAAGGCCAGUUGUGGAAAGCAGUAAUUUUAGACAUUUCACUAAAAAUACACCCAAAUGGUUGGCAUCCUAUAUAUUAUGUGGGGUAUGUAACAAAUCUUAAGACUGGAAAUAAGAAUUACUACUUUAAUAAGAGUUACAAUGAAUGGAAAUCUGAAGCUCUCAUUUUUGAAAUAAAUGGAGAUACAAAAAAAAAGUCUUUAGAGACUCAGAGAAUGCUUCGAAAUGCCUCAAAAGAAAAAGAUCAAACAAUUAUUGAAGAUAUACUCGGAAAACUUAAAUCCCAGCAAGAAAUGAAAAUCUCAAUAUUAAACUUUAACAAGGUAGAAAUUGAGUGGUUUGAUUUUUCUGAGAUGAUUUAUAGCGUUCUAAUUCACGACAAGAACCAAAUUAGUCAGGGAAAAUUGGUUAUAUUACCCAAGGACCCAAAUAUUGAGGAUAUAUUUAUGGAAUAUAUUACCCACCUAAAUAGUUUAGGAAAGAAAAACAAAAUUUUUCCUGAAAUCGAUAUUCAAAAAGCAGUUUUAAAUAUGCUAACAACAAUUUUCAACAAAGCUCUCAAAAAGAGGCUAAUUUAUCCAUCAGAAAUGAAUCAGGUAAGCUACUUUGAGAAUAAUAUUACAAAAGAUACCAGAUUUUCAGUAAUAUUUGGUAUUGAGCAUUUAUUUAGGUUACUCAUCAUAUUACCAAAACUUAUUGGAGAUAAUAUUUCAUUCGGUGAACACAGCUUCUGCCUAGAUAUAGAUGAAGAUAAAGAUGAUCCGGACUACCUAAUCGUUAAAAGCAUUAAAUUUGAACUAAUCAAAACCAUAAACUCCUUUAUUGAAUAUUUUAAUGGUAACUUUCUAAAGUUCUCUAUUGGAAAUUACACUUCAUUUCUUACAUAA